GCCAACUUUGAGUAAAACUUGCCGGCAGCACUUGGCGGUGGCUGCGGACUGAGAGGAAGAGAGACUGAGAGGAGCAGGACCGCAAACAUGAAGCUGUGCCGCACUUUUCUAGAAAAUGAGUUUCGGGGUGAGCUGGUGAACCAGCGGUGGACACGAGGCGAGAGGACCAGCAGCCGCUGUCAGGCCUCACAGAGACUGCAGAGCCGUCGACCAAUCAUGAUGAGUGUGGAGGGCGACGACAAACGAACUCGCACUCGGUCCAAAGGAAUCAGAGUUCCUAUUGAGCUUGUAGGACAAGAGCUGAGCUGCCCCACCCCUGGAUGCAAUGGCUCCGGCCAUAUCAGUGGGAGAUACUCACGACACAGAAGCCUAUUGGGUUGCCCCAUAGCAAGAAAGCGCCGUCUGGAGGAAGCAGAGGCCGAGCAGGAGCAAGAACAGGAACCAGAGAGGCCUGCCUCCAAGAGGAAGUCCCACCCCCUGAAACUGGCCCUGGACGAGGGCUUCAGCGCAGAGAGCGACGCCAGCAGCGAGGCCGAAGGAGACAAGGAUGGAGAGAAAGCUGAGGAGGCCAAGGGGACAGCAAAGGAGGAAGAGGAGAAGGAUGCAGGGGUAGAGGAAGAGGAGUACCUUACACAGGACGGGCAGACAAACGGACAAGAAGAGGAGGCGGAGCAGAAGGACGAGGAGGAGCCACGUCAGAAAGGUGGGAAAGAGGAAGAGUGUGUGAUGGUGGAGUCCGAGCUCGAACCAGCGUCACCUGCAGCCGAGGAGUCUCCCUCACAGAGCACCGAGGAGGUGGCCAACUCGCUCCUCCACCUGGGCCGAGUCUCCAACAGCAUCACUGGAAGCAUGGCCACUCAGCCGACUGUUGCUAUGGAGACUGAAGAUGUCGGCGUGGCAGCUGAACAGGGUGAAGGAGUAGAAGAUGAGCAGGAGGGGGGCAGGAGUGAAGGGGAACAGGAGGUGGCACACAGAGUUCAAGUGCUGGAGGAGUCAUCUGUUCUGCAGAGGGAGGCAGCCGACGUGGAGGAUGAGCAACAGGAGCACGAAGACUGCAGCAACCACGAGAGCCCGGAGUAUCAGGCCCACGGGAUCCGCCAUGGACACAUCAAAUGUGAAGAGGAUGUGGAAGAGAUCAUUGUGUCAGUGCAGCAGAGGCAAGAAGACGAGGAGGAUGAAGAGGAGCACAGGGGCCACGCUCUCUCCAUAUCUGACGUGCCAACUGCCGUCCGCACCAUCACCAGCACAGCAGCAGCUCAGGGAACACACAUCAAGACUGAAGACCACAGGGCCAGUCCGCUGGAGGACCACAACUCACACCAGACAAGUCCAGUCCAGAACCACAACACCAACAGAGCCAGUCCGCUGGACAGAUAUGACACACAUAAACCUAGCUCACUUCAAAACUACAAGACCAGCCCUUCUCUAAGCUACAGCUCCCACAGGGCCAGUCCAUUCGAGGACUACUUCCCCAUGCCCAGAGGGGAUAACUACAACAUCCACAAGGCCUCAUCCUCGGCCUCCCCCGACAUCAUCGAAGUGCGAUCAGAUAAGUCAGAGGAGAGAGAGUUGGACAUGGACAUGGACGGAGACAUGGAGCGGGAUGACGAGGACAGCCUGUCGCAGCGUUCCACCGACGUGACCGACGAGUCGGAGAUGUUUGACAUGACCCGAGGGAACCUGGGUCUGCUGGAGCAAGCCAUCGCCCUGAAAGCAGAGCAGGUGAAGCCAGCCGGCCCCAGAGAGUUUCUCCGGGCCCCUGACAUCCACCAUCAGCGAUACUUCACCAUUGAGGACAGGCCCAAGCACCUGGACGUCCUCCGCAAGAGCUACUUUAGCAAAGAGAGCACCCUGCCAGAGAAAAGAGAGAUCAAGUGUCCCACGCCGGGGUGUGAUGGGACGGGCCACGUGACUGGUCUGUACCCCCACCACCGCAGCCUGUCAGGCUGUCCACACAAGGACAGGAUCCCCCCAGAGAUUCUGGCCAUGCAUGAAAAUGUGCUGAAGUGUCCAACUCCUGGCUGCACUGGUCAGGGCCAUGUAAACAGCAACCGCAACACACACCGCAGUCUGUCUGGUUGCCCCAUCGCUGCUGCAGAGAAGCUGUCCAAGAGCCACGACAAGCAGCAUCUCGCUCAGCCAGGCGGCGAGCAUCUCAAGGGAAGCCCCAACGACAGGGUCCUGAGCUCCAUCCUGACGUCCUCUCCCCCUCCGCCCUGCAGGCCCAUGUGCUUUGUGAAGCAACUGGAGGUGCCCCAGUACGGCAGCUACAAGCCCAACAUGGCGCCCUCCACGCCCCGCGCCAAUCUGGCCAAGGAGCUGGAGAAGUACUCCAAGGUCUCCUUCGAUUAUGCAAGCUUUGACGCUCAAGUGUUCGGGAAGCGUAUGCUUGCUCCAAAGAUGACCACCAGCGAAACUUCACCCAAAGCCUUCAAAACUAAACCCUCAUUCCCCAAGUCGUCUUCACCCUGCCUCAGUCUCCAUGGUUAUGGGAAGAGUUCCACCUUGGCCUAUGACUACUCCCACGAUGCCGAAGCUGCUCACAUGGCUGCCACAGCCAUCCUCAACCUGUCCACUCGCUGCUGGGAGAAGCCCGAGAACCUCAGCAUCAAACCACAGAACAAGGAAAUGGACAUUGAGGUGGACGAAAACGGCACCCUGGACCUGAGUAUGAAGAAACCCAUCAAACGAGAGGGCAGUGUGUCAGGCACCAGUCCUGGGGUUCGGUCCCCAGACCCUUCUUCCUCCUCCUCUUCUUCGCUCCAUCAUGGUGGAAACAGCGGAAUGACAUCACCAAACCUACAUGCAUACAAGCAGGAGGACUGGGAGGGGCCUCUGGAUUUCACUAAACCCAACCGCCAAAGGGAGGAGGAAGCAGAUGAGCUGGAGCACACCGGCCAGUCGUAUGUUUCAUCAGACCUGGAGGACUGUGACACGAUGCCGGGCUGUCUGGAGGAGAGGACUUACCCAGGAGAGGUCACCACCCCAAGCUUCAAGGUCAAGUUUCAGCCCAAGGAUACGAAGAAGGAGCUGCUCUCGUGCCCCACACCUGGCUGUGAUGGCAGCGGCCACAUCACUGGAAACUAUGCUUCCCAUCGCAGUCUGUCUGGGUGUCCUCUCGCUGAUAAGAGCCUUCGGUCCCUCAUGGCGGCCCACACCCCCGAACUCAAAUGCCCAACUCCAGGAUGCGAUGGCUCAGGUCACAUCACAGGAAACUACUCCUCUCAUAGAAGUCUCUCUGGGUGCCCGCGUGCCAAGAAAAGUGGAAUUAAAACUCCUACCAAGGACAACCAGGAGGACUCGGAGCUUUUAAAAUGCCCGGUGCCCGGCUGUGACAGCCUGGGCCACAUCAGCGGCAAGUACGCCACGCACCGCAGCGCCUACGGGUGUCCGCUGGCAGCCCGCAGGCAGAAGGAGGGGCUCCUGAACGGCACGCCCUUCAACUGGAAGGCCUUCAAGACAGAGGGGCCGACCUGCCCCACCCCGGGCUGUGAUGGAUCCGGACAUGCUAACGGAAGCUUCCUCACACACCGCAGCCUCUCAGGAUGCCCCAGAGCCUUGUAUGCCAAGAAGAAGGCUAAGUUCCCCACAGAGGACUACUUGAGCACCAAGUUCAGAGCCACUGAUGUUUUGGACAACGAUGAGGACAUCAAGCAGCUCAACAAAGAAAUUAGCGACCUCAGUGAAUCCAACAAUGAAAUGGAGGCUGACAUGGUCAACCUGCAGACUCAGAUCUCCUCCAUGGAGAAGAACCUGAAGAGCAUCGAGCACGAGAACAAGAUGAUCGAGGAGCAGAACGAAGCUCUCUUCGUGGAGCUGUCCGGUCUGAGCCGAGCCCUCAUCCGCAGCCUCGCAAACAUCCGCCUGCCGCACAUGCAGGAGCCUAUCACCGAGCAGAACUUCGACCGCUACGUGAGCACCUUGACCGACAUGUACACCAACAAGGACUGCUUCCAGAGCCCCGAGAACAAGGCCCUGCUGGAGAGCAUCAACAAAGCUGUGAAGGGCAUCAAAGUCUGAGGUUCUGCAUGUGCACAAAGGGGGGAACCCAAACCGUCCGGAGAGCUGAGAGGCUGGACGACAGUGGAGAUGAAGGACGGCGAAAGAUGCUCAAAUACUCUACAAUAUAUUGAAAUUUGAUUCAAAAAACACAAAAAAGGGAAUUCAGGUUAUUUAAAUAAACAGCAACUUAAAAAAUCAACCCAGGGAACACUGCUGAAGAGAAGGGACCAAAACCCACCUCGUUGCUGCUGGGACAUCGGAGGAGACGGAUCCCUCAGUCAGGAUGGAUGGAUGGAUGGAUGGAGAGGAAGAAUAAUGUACUAGGAGUCGUAUCUGGGGGGUUUGACAUGCUGUUUGUUUACCUGUUGUCUCUUUUCUGCCCUCAACUGCUUUGACGAGAGUUUCGCCGUCGACGCGGUCGGAUUAGUUUGUGGGAUUCCCUCAGGCCGGAGCCUGGAGAUGGAAGGUCGCGAGGCCUGCCACUGCUGUGCUGUAGCAUCACUGAGCAUGUGCGAGAAGCUCUGUGAUCCACCACACACACACACCCAGCAAUAUGAAGCAUGCACAAAACUUGAAUGUGUGUGUUUGCUUUGUGGUUUUUCUGCAGCAGAGAAAAGGUCACUAGACAGAGCUCAGAACAGCUGACGGUGUUUUACACAGCGGUACAUUAACACCCCCUUUUUAAAGAAACGCUGGUCAUAGUGUGCACACAUUUCAAGUUCAGUUAGUCAUAUCAAUAGUAUUUAUCAGCAUAGGAAUUGCACUUCAUUUCAAUGAAUAGUUUUGUGGUACAAUAAUUAUUGUUAUAAAUGAAUUAUUUAAACUUGUGAACUUUAAAUUGUAACUUAUUGUCAUUUAUGUUAUUGAGGUUUAUUUAUUGGAAGCAAUCUAUUUAUUAUUGACUUUGUUUUUUUUUAAAGAAACAAAAAAACAUCUUUACUGAUAACCAGUUUGCAGAUGUCUUAAAUCCAUAUUUUAAGAAUCUAUAUGACGAGGCUUCUUUUGUUUGGAGUACUUUUUAAAAACCUUUUUAAGUGCAGAUUUUUUUAUAAAAGAGAUUUUUUUUCUUUUUAAAUAAUUUUACAACAAUUUUUUGGGUUGUUUUUGUUUUGCUUCUUUUUGUUGGUUUCUUCUGUUAAUUCCUUCAAAAAGCCAACUGCUGCGAGGAGAAAAUGUAUUUAUUAUUUAUUUAAUAUGAGAGAAAUCGACUGAUGUGGCUGUAAUAUUUAUUUUGUUAUUUAUGUGCGUGAUGUGACAGUUGGGUCUGAGUAGUCCUCAAAAAGACCAAAACCAUGGCUAAUAUUUAAAUAAAGAAAGGAAACCAGUGCAGACACUGUUUGAUUGCUUAGGCGACGCCCCAGCAGCUGAUUGUAAACGACAGAUCCUCGCUGUCCUGCUCCAUCCCGUCUCUGUGUUUAUGUCUUACCUCUCCUGAGCGCUUUGUAGCAGCCAGCACUGGCUCACCCUGAACCUCCGUGAUGGACCACGACUGCGUGAAUAAUACUUUCUUUUUGUUGUUAUUGUCUUCAGCACAGUGGUACAUGAACAGCUGUGUUCCAGCUGUGUUUUAGUCUGGAUGUAGGGGUCUAAAACACACACUCCGACAUAUCCAGCCCCUCCAGGAUACAAUGACGCGGCCUCCUUGACAACCUGAUAAACAUACACACCCUUGUAGCCUUACUUACACUAGAUCUUUUUUUUUUUUUUGAUGCACAAAGUGCCACUGAGGAAAAAAAUUUAGAAAAGAGAAAAACAUACAGUUUUUUCCUGAUUCUUCACAUCUCUGCAAUGUAAUAAUGUCUGGUCCGGAGACGACCCGGCAUCAGGAGAGUGCUGAUUGUUUCAGAUGCCUUUAUUUCUCUGCCAAGAUGGCCAUAAGUACACUAUAAAUACAUUCUGUACAAAUAGAUUUUAAAGAUGCUAUAUAUAUGAAUAUAAACAUACAUAUAUUUUUCCAGUGUAAUUGUUGACUUGCUCUUCUUCUCCUGUAUUACCUUAUCAAAGGAUCAUUGGGUGUUAGGAAGAGAUGUGAGGGUGUUUGUGAGUAGGAGGCGGUUACACCUGAUUUCCCAUGAAGACCUGCUCAACUGUGGCUUUAAACACUCUGCUCAGUCUAGCUGGAGGAAAAGCAGGUGUUCUGAUGAUACAGUUCCUGUUUCUUUCUUCCAUUCUUCUUACUUUACUUAUCUUUGAUCUAGAAAACACCGUCAUCAGCUGUUUUUAGACUGCGUCUGAGAAGUGACGGUCAGUUUUAAACUAGAUGGUUGGCUCUUUGUUCCUACGUGUCAUGUGAGUUCAUGUAUAGUUAGCAAAAGAAAAAAAAGAUGAUGAUGCCUCUGAAAAAUGCUCUGCACAGAGCGACGUUGUGCAGUUUAUUAUGGUGUAUUAGUAAUGGUGAGGGCCUGCUCGCCGUGAGCUCUUCAAUGUCAAAGCAAACUAGUUGGAGACUUUAGUGAAACCUGCCUUGAGUGACGUGUUGGAACUGCUGUGGCGUAUCUCUGAUGUCAAAGGCAUGUUGUAAAUGUGCUCUUAGCCAACAUAGAAUGAAACUCCUUUGUGCACUUUCUGAAUAACCGUUGAAAAUGCCAGCAUUUGAGAGUAGACCUGCGUUGUCCCUCCUGUUUGUUGCUCUUCACAGUUUUUUAAACAAGCUUACGUCAGAUUGGAGCAUCUGAGGGUUUAAAAUGUAGGAAAUGAAAGAGAAGCGAGACUUUCUUUCUUCUGAAAAACAAACAAGAAGAGAAAACCAAGAGAUUGAUGGGAAGCAAGUUUGGUUCUCAGGUGACCAGCGACUGGGUGGGGGUGGGGGAGGGCUGCUGAAGCAGAGCAGAGCCAUGCCAUAGGUCAGCCAGUCAGCUGAGGCUAGAGGCGAUGGCAGCGGCUGGAUCAAGGCCUCGUGUGAAAUGAGAUGAGUGUGUGGGAGUGGGAAAUUGAUUUGCCGAGCUACACAAUCUCCCCUUUGUUUUAGGUGGGGGCGUUUGUUGCAUAAAUAUGUGUACGUCACUCAAAAGAAUGUCAAAGCUUUUUAUGACUUUUUACCCCCUCCUCCCCACCCAGCCCUCCCUCCUCCUUCAUGUCUUGUGUAACCUUUCCUCAGGAAAGAGUUUGGAUGCAUUUGGUUAACAAAGUAGUGUAUUCUCCCUCUUGAAAUGCAGGAGAAAACUACCCGAGAGUGUUAAGACUGUGAAUAUUCUCCUAACCUAUUUGAUAUGGCAUGACCCCUUUUAAACUGCUUGAUGAAACUGUCUACUGAGGGAUGUAAAUGAAUAACACUGAGGCCAUGAAAGCAGAGCGUUUAAAAAAAGUCAGCUAAGAAAGCGAACGCAGCCCACGGUCGAUUCCCCACCCACGCACCACGUAUGUUUCCUGAUUUACAUAAAAGUACUGAGUGAUGAAGCCCGUUGUAAUAUUCCAAGCAUUAAACUGGGCGACAUAUCUGGGAAGAACAUUUAUUUAAACAGGACAGAACUUUUCAGGGAAGUCAAAUCCACACCAGGAGGUGAGUUCUGGGGUUCGGGGGGCGGGAGGGUUCGGGAGGGGGCGGCGCCUUCACCUGCCAAAGCAGGGCCACACUCACACACAGACACACAAAUAUAUGACAGAGAAAGAAGGAACUUAGUGGCACUUUUUCAUCAAGCUGACCAAAACCAAAAUAUCUCCCUAUCGCUAAACCCCCUCCCACCCCCAGAUGUGUGGUCUUAUCAUGUGUGCCUUUCUCACCCCACUCAUGUCAGCCUUUGGUAUGUUUACGCCCGGUUCCAAUGUUCGAUCUGGAUCUAGAUGUCUUACUUUCAGGGUGGGGGGUGAGGGUGGGGGGUUAGCUCUAAAUAAACCAGCAGAAUUAUCUGCGUGUGUUCUGCACGCAGGCGGAGAGCCUCCACGUUGCUUUGGCUAAAGAAACUGUGAUUCAUUCUGUGAUUCAGGUACCCGAACUGCACGAACAGUUUCUGUCAAGGAAUCUGAAGAUCGUCGUCAUCGUUCAUCCCUAGAUAAGCAUCCGUGUGCAGGGCAUUAUUUUAAAAACCAGUGGAAGUCUGUACAUAUUUGUAUUAAGAAGAAACAGUGUUAUUGUUGUUGUAUUGAAGACAAGUUGAAAAUGGUUUUAAAAAAAAGGAAAAAAAUAGUUUGUGACAAAGAGAAAAAACUCCACAGCCAAGGGUUGUCCUGCUAGCACAUUUUUACAGAGAUGAGCUAUUUUUACUGCUGAUUUUCUAGGCUCUGAUAUUAAAAUCCUUUUACAAACUUCCAGGAUUACUAGCACUUCCACACCGAUAGAUUGUACGGUCAUUUUUGUUACUUUUGUAGGUGGUUUCUUUGCUAUUGCACCGUUUUGUAAAGUGGGACAAGCCUUGGCUGUGUGUCCUCGGGGUCUCUGUUCAUCUUUUUCUGGGUGGGGGCGGGAUGGGAGUACAUCACUGUAGAUGGGCCGAGUUUGUGACUGUGCGUUUGUGUACUUGUAUACAUGUUCCCCUGUUCCUGUGUCAGUGUUACAAAGCAGAGAAGUGAUGUCAGUAAUCGUGGGGGUAUGAACCAUUUUAAAUGUUCUCUAUGAAAAAUUCAAUAAAGACUCAUAGACGAGAA